AUGGCAAUACCCACCUGCAUCUGUCGGGACAAAGCACAAAGAUUCCAAGCUAAGCUCGUUAUUGUCGCCAUGACCUCCAACGCCACAUCUACUCCUAAAGUACCCCAUGAAGCCAUCCGGCUCGCCAUUCGCGAAAAUUUCCCGUCCAUUUUCGAGCCUUCUCUAGCCUUAGGCGAUACCUUGAACUCAAUACGGACAAAGAUCAACACGCUCAACGAAAUAGCCAACAGCACGAUCGGCGACACAAGAGGCCAGGAGAUGGCAGAUGCAAUAGAUGGGCUCCUUGAUGAAAGUGCUGAGGUGGAAGAGCAGUUCAAGGUUUGGCUCGAGAAGCUCAAUGUUGCUUGUGUGAUGAUCAAGUUGGUGUACCCGCGGCAGGAAGCCGCUUCAGCCAGGUAG